AUGGCUCAGGUCUGUCUGCUUGAUUCAGACCGCCUCUCUCUACUCCUCAAAGAUGCCAUUUCGUGGAGCAGCCAUGUUUCCUCAGUGAUGGUCUCGUCCUCUAACGGCUCCAUACUCGCGUAUGCCUACAGAGAUGCGACUCCUUCAAUCAAGAGAAUGCGCACCCAGUCUACAACCAUGACAGCAGCAUAUACGGUUGCUUCAGAGGACGUUCUGGUUUUUGAGGCUCAGAACAUGGGGGCAACCUCUGUAAUCGCACCUAUUGCCGAUCACGUCCUCCUUGCUGUCACUGGACCAGAGCCCAAACUCGCAAAUGGAGAGACAAUUUCUGAAGGCAGCUCUCAUAACCGGGAGGAAGAAGAAGAUGAAGAAGAAGAAGAAGACAGCGAAGCACAGCAGCAGAUCCGAACAGACCUCGAAGUGGUUAGUCAAGAACUUGCACACAUCUUGAGAGGAGAACUGUCUACACUCAAAUGGCCCGACGACAUCUGA